AAUGACAACUUUUGAAUUCAAAUGAAAAAGCAAGAAUAGCUGUAGAAGUCCCCGUUUCAUCAAAUUUUAUCCGAUAAUGUCGUUCCGGGAUAUCCGUACCUUGAUAGAAAUGUUGCGAGAUUUAACUUACCCCAAACUUUUGUCUAUGGAGAGCUUCCGAACGCCAGACUUUUCCUUAGUGGCUGAUUUAUUGAUCUGGCUUGCAAAGCGGUUCGAUCCUGACUACAGCAUUUCAUUGGAUAUAUCCACAGAGAACGAAAGAGUAUCUCUUAUAAGGAACGUUUCCGAAUUCAUGGCAUUGAAGGCAAACGUAAAACUGAACACUAAGCGUUUAUACCAAUCCGAUGGAUAUGUCGUUAAGGAAUUAUUAAAAAUCACUACGGUCUUGUAUGGUGCUCUACAUAUUUUUAUGGAUGAAAUGGACAAUGAUGAAUUGGAAGACAGUACUGUGGAUUUAAGGAACUUUGAUAUACCAGAUAAGGUUAAUGAGCUGAAGAUUUCCAGGCAGAUUGCUUCAGAAAUAACUGCAACUGGGGCAAACCUCUUUGAUCUACUUGGCAAAGAAAUAGACCUGAGAGUAGCAAGACAAAAAAGCAUAGGAAAACAAUUCGAACUGUCAGAAGUAGAGGCUGCAAUACGUUCAGCAAUUGAUUCCAUAUCCCAUGAGAUAAGUGAAACUAAGCAGCUUAUUGACAACAUUUCGGUAACAGAAUCCAACCUCGACUCCAAAAUCGAGCGUAGAAACAUAGAAAUCGACAGAUACGAGAAACGACUUCAAACCCUCAACAAAGUGCGACCAGCAUUUUUGGAAGAGUUCACCUCUUUAGAGAAAGAAUUAGAGCAGUUGUUUGUCCAAUAUUCAGUCAGGUUGAGGUGCCUGAAUCAGUUGGAGCGUAGUUUCGAGGCGUCGGAAAGCAUGCAGGCAGAAAAGCAACUCCAAAUCACGAUUCCAAAGAUACAGACCGAUUUGAUGGAGCAAGCUGAUGAGGACUUGGUGGAGAUUGACAGAGGAGGAGCAGUAAAUAGAACCGAGAGGAUAGAACGACCAAGAGCUAGCACUGGAGGGAGGAAUAAACAUCAGGAAAAGUUGCAAGAAAAGGACAGCAAAGUAUAUGGCAGCAUGCAACCGCCGCUCUUCGAUGACCAAUCCUCACUGGAUCUCAGCACGGAUACAGAUUCUGAUGAUCUUCUGUUGGACAAAGAUGAACCAGAACUGACCAUGCAUUCCGACGAAGAGUCACUCGGCUUGGAAUUGUCUAUGGACAGGAUGGCUCCGUCUGGCAGAAAAACCAGUAAUAAUUUGCAAGAGAACAGUGACGAUGAUUUUUAAGUAUUUUAUUCUAUAAAUUAAUAUCUGUACACAAGGUAGCUAUAGUACAUAAUAAAACUGCUUUUUGUGUCAUCCGAAACCGUGAGAGAUAUUUGAGCUCGACGCCGGUUUUAUCGAAAUUUUAUUACUAGGGGAAAAUCAAGGAACUGUUGAAACAUUCUAUGUGGGGCCUUAAGAAACAAUUGGAGGCGUUACCUCCGAGAGUACAAGGCCAAACAACUGGGCUCUGAUAAGCCUGUGACGUCACGCAAAGUAGGCCUAUGCAUGUUCUUAUGGAGUUUCGCGAUGCCUGGCUGGCAAGAGAACCGCGCCACCAUUUCUCUGCGGUGUUGUCAUAUCUAGAUUUGAUAUAGCAGUAUCGAAAUCUAUACUAAUUAGUUGUACCUCUCUGUGGGCGAAUUUGCAAGAUGUACUCGGGGCCUGCGCAGCUUCAGUGAUGAUGUGAUUAUUCUUUCUGAUCUGCUUCAGUAUGUUAAGAAUUCAUUUUCGAUAUUACGUUCAAUCUGUCACUUGUGAAGUCUAAUAUUCCAUUCAAAAUUGGAAUAUGUGACAACCUUGGUAACACUGCUAACAUCCAACAGCCAACUAACCUCACAUUCUUAGCCUCUAUUAUGUAUCUUUCUAUGCUAUGUAACCUGAAAAUUAUUGAUGUUUUAAACUUAUAUUGGUGUCUCGCGAUUGUUUAGCUAAGUUUUCAAAAUGACUUACAAGUGCUGCGUUCCAAAUUGUGCCGGUAAUUACGGGAAGGGUCCGAAGGUACACGUAUUUUCGUUUCCAUUAAAUGAAAACUGUCGUAAAAGAUGGCUCAAUGCAAUCCCUCGUAGUGAUUUAGUGCUUACAAAAAACACCCGAGUAUGCAAUUUGCACUUUGCUGAGGACAGCAUCACUUGGGAAUCCACCUUCCAUGACGAAAAGGCAGGUAGGACCAUUACUGUACCCCUUAACCCGGCAUCCGACACGUGGGGUGUGACAAACCCCAACGAUCGGAUUUUACAAGUUAUCUAUUAAAAUUUCACGCCGACUGCUGGCAGCGCCUCAGUAGCUUUCAAGGACACUCCAAUAAGUAAUACGAGCCACAUGCGGCAGUUGGUCUGCUGACGCCUAGUGAGUAGUAUCGUCAUAGGAUUGUUUGGGGUUUGUCAUACCCCACGUGUCGGAACUCGGAAGUUUUUUGCAGUUGUUUUAUUUCACAUUUUGUCGUGAUUAUAAAGGUAAGUCGCAUUUUAUAUAACUCUUUAAUUAAAACUUUACAUUUUUAAACAGUAUUUCAGAACUAUAAAAAAAUAUGGGCGAUUACGAGAAGGAGCAACGUAGGCUUUGGGCACUUUGGGAGGAAGUACAGAAUGAAGAUGAAGCGAUCGAUCGAGACGAUUCAGAAGAAGAAGAUGAAAUAGAUAAUGUAAGUGUUUGCAGCGACUAUCCCGAUUUGGAGCAAAAUCCUGAAGUUGUAGAAGAUCAAGGCGAUGAAACACAAGCCGAGGUCUUGGGCACACAUAGUUUCUUUCUUGGAAAAAACGGGAUGAAAUGGUUCAAAGAGUGCCCUAGUAGGAAUGUUCGAACUACGUAGAUCUGAAAACACAAUAACCCAUCUUCCAGGAGUUAAAAACCAUGCAAAAAUGGCUAAAACUCCACUUGAAUGCUUUUUCCUCUUUAUUGAUGAGGUAAUGAUCGUAGAUAUAGUUAAAAAUACGAAUCUAAGAAUCAUAGAAAAAUCUGAGAAAUGGAAGGAAUCUCCCCAUUAUGGAGAAACCAAUCCGGCAGAAAUUAAAGCAGUGCUCGGCCUUUUGUACCUAUCAGGAGUUUUCAAAAAUAACCACCGAUUUUUAUAUGAGCUAUGGAAUACCGAUGGUACUGGUAUGGAUAUAUUUCCGGCUACUAUGAGUCAAAGGCGAUUUGAAUUCCUCAUUUCCUGUUUACGUUUCGACAACAAAAAUAGUCGCAAAGAUAGGGUUAAAUUGGAUAAGUUGGCCCCUAUUAGAGCUGUUUGCGAUAGAUUUGUUGACAACUGUCAGAAGGCUUAUUCGCCGUCUCAGUAUCUUACAAUCGAUGAAAAACUGGAGUCAUUUCGUGGCAGGUGCUCCUUCAGACAAUACAUGCCAAAUAAGCCGGCAAAAUACGGCAUAAAAGUACACGCCUUAGUAGAUGCGCGAACGAAUUAUCUCCUCAAUAAGGAAGUUUAUGUGGGGAAGCAACCCGAUGGAGUAUUUAAUGUCAGCAAUAGUCCUAAGGACAUAGUGAGCCGCUUAGUGGCUCCAGUCUCAGGAACGAACCGUAACAUUACUUUCGACAAUUGGUAUACCAGUGUUGAGCUUUUAGAAAAUCUACGCAAGGAUCACAAUCUGACUGCGGUGGGAACUAUACGGAAAAAUAAACCAUGUCUACCAGCACCUUUUUUGAAUGUGAAUAAUCGAGAAGUUCAUUCUAGCUUAUUUGGAUUCCAGGAAGGAUAUACUUUGGUUAGCUAUUGCCCGAAAAAAAAAACAAAAUUGUACUGCUAUUAUCUUCUUUACAUCAUGAUGAUGCAGUAGAUGAGUCAGAGAAAAAACUUCCAGAAAUAAUAUCUUUUUAUAACUUUACCAAGUGUGGCGUUGAUGUAGUAGACGAGUUAUCUGCAUCAUACAAUGUUUCGAGGAAUAGUCGACGUUGGCCUUUAACUUUAUUUUUUUCCCUACUAAAUACUGCAGGCAUUAACAGUUAUAUUAUAUAUAGAGAGAACACUAACAACAAAUUACCAAGAAGAAUUUUCUUGAAGCAGUUGGGUAUGCAGUUGGCAGAGGUAUUUCAAAGAAGUAGAAUGACAAACCCUAGGCUAACAAGGGAGCUAAGAGGGAAUAUUCGGAAAAUAUUGGGUGAAAAUCCUGAACCUGCAUCGAAAAAGAUGAGACCAAAUCAACAAGGGAGGUGUUCAGAAUGUUCCCGAACUAAAGACAGAAAGACCAGAUACGUUUGUCAGACCUGUGAAACAUUUAUUUGCCUUGAACAUGCGCUUAAGUUUUGUAAAAAUUGUGCUGAAGUUAGCAAUGAAUAAAAAUGUUUCUGUUCCAUUUAGGCUUAUUCGGUUUUCUCUGUAUAAAAGUGUAGAUUGUUUUCUUUCAUGUUUAGCAAAAAUAUAAUAUAUACUGCAAGUUUUUUAAUUUUUAUUUGAAAUUAGAAAUUUGUUCCUAUGUUCCAAUAAAAAAAAAUGUAAUUUCAAAUAAACUCGUUAUGUGUAUAUUCAGAUUGAUUUUUUUUGUUGUUAUACGAGUAGUAUUAAUAUAUACAAUGUUAAAUGAUAUUUGAAUCAUGAAAGUAAUAAAACAAACAAAACUAGUAAAUAAAAAGCCUGUCUAUAUUUGGGGUUAGUCACACCCCACCUGUCGUAACUUGUAAUAAAAUUUCACCUGUCGGAUGCCGGGUUAAGUAUCCAAAAUUAAAGGCAGAUGUAAUUCCAAGUAUCUUUGCAAAUUGUCCAAAACACCUUUCAAACGACAUAUCAAGCAGAAGAAGCCGAGAUGAGAAACUGAGGGACAAGGAACAAUAACAACUACUUAAAGCACUGCAAAGUAGCAUUGAUGAUUAUUCCUCCUAUCAAAAAUCAACAAGUUUUCAAAAUUAUUCACACUUUCUCACAGUUUUCAGUUCAUGGCAAUGUCCAUAUGGGUGGCAUAAAAUUGUUCAGGGUAAAGUUACUUUGUUUAAGUUAGAAUAUAAACCAGCACCCAUCAUAACUCACUCUGUAAUUUUUGAUAUUCAUUGAUAUUAUAUGGAAGUGGUGGAGAAUUGUCAAUGUAAAAAGUCCAUUGAAAGAAAAACGGCUAGAUUUGCUAGAAGAGUGGAAUGAUCCAGCAAAAUUUUCAAAAAGACUAAGUAGUCAGACUUACACUGCACUACAUCAUACAGUAUAUGGAUUAUUGGAAUUAGUAAGAUACAGUAAAUCUGAACUGCACAGUAAUUAUAUAUUGUUAGGUAAAUUUUAAACUGACUCAUUGGAAAAUAGAUUUGGUAAGUAUCGUCUACUGGAAGGGGGUCAAUAUAAUAUAUCAAUUCGUCAGUUAUAUGAAUCUGAGAAAAAGUUACGAACUCAAAGCCUGAUGUCAUUGACGUCUCGCUAUGGUGAUAUACAAAUAAAUAAAUUCCGUGAAAUAGAUGAAAUGAAAUUCCACACAAUUUUAAUGAUUACCACUUUUUCCGGGAAAUUGAAAAUUUAAUCUGAUAUUGAUAGUAUAAAGGAUGAAAUUCCUGUCAUCACCUACUUAGCUGGUUACUGUUGUUAUGCCUUAUUAAAGAAAAAUCACUGCGAUCAUUGUAAGGAAAAUUUGACACACACAGAUGAUAUUGACAUAGAAGACAAGCACAUUAUACAAAAUUUGAGUAGAGGUGGCUUAAAAUUUCCAAAGGAUCCAGUUAUUAAUAUUGUCAGGCUAAGUUAUAUAAUUUUCAAUAAAGUUUUGGAAAGUGACGAGGAAUCAUUUUUAGAAAUCACUGAUAAGAGACGCGCCCUUUCUCAGUUGAUAUUAACAAUCUGAGUGAUAAUAAUCAUGACACUUUAUUUUCGCGUUGCACAGUCCAUUCACCAGAUUAUGUUAUAAAACUAAUUGUUAUUUGCAGUCUGUAUAUUUUUGAAAAAUUAUUGUGCCAAAAGGAAUGGCAGCUUGCAAGCGCGAAUAAAACAAAGAAACGUAAAUUGACUACAUUCACAUGAGGCAUCAACAUUUACAACAUUUACAUAGCUGUUGAUAAAUGUUUAUUUGUACAUAUUCAGAAUUUAGUACUUUAAUUUUCGUUAUUCUAUUUUUUGUUAUUUUUGAUACUUGUUUUCUCUUUUCUAAUUUUUGUUAUUAUUUUCUGCUGUAUUUUGUUUGUUCUAAGAGUUUUUACUAAGUUUUCAUUAAUCUGUGUUAUGUUUUUUCUGUUGUUUAUUUUACUUUGAUUUUAUCUGUUUUUCUUAUCAUUUAUCCUACACUUUUUCCUCCUCAUCUUUCUUAUUCCUUUCCUGGCAAGAGCUUACCUCAGACCUCCUCGUUGGUUCGUGCUAGACACAACUGUUCGACAAGCACUACAUUUUUUAUAUAAUUUUCAAGUACCAUUAUAUUAUGCCUAUAAUAAUAGUAAAUUGUCCACAUAUUCCUGUGAAAUUUUGUUGAUCUGUUGUGACUAACAUGGGGCUAUUCAUUGAAGAAUUUAUCAUUUUUAGCAAGCUUUUAUAACAUCAACUUAUUACUCUAAUGUGCACGUAAUGUUGGAUGAAAUAUCAGUGAAAAUCAGGGUGAAAAUAGUUAAUAACUACUUUAAUAUUUUCCACCAAGUUGCCUUCAUAUACCAAAAACACUUUUCUGAAUUAUCCGUUAUUUACAUCAGGUAGAGUAUAUUAAAUAUGCUGCAAUAAUAAUAUAUUAUUCACUAGCGCUGAUGUACGGCACGCCAUGCUGUCGGUCGGCCGACCGGCCUACUCGUGGUGACGUCACGAGUCUGUUGUCAGGCCUUGUACUCUCGGUGGUAACGGUUGAGGACGUUUUUCUAAUUUUUUUGACUUGAAUGAUAUUGAUUUGACUAUAAAAUGGUACCACAAAACAUCUAAAAUGUUAUUUAAUGCCCAAAUUUGAUGUUCAGCGAUUGAUAUUGCCGUAAGUAGUGUAUACAGGUCGGACAAAAAAUCUAUGCACUUUUUUGGCAUUAGUGUGUCAGGUUUAAUGUGACACUAUAUCGUAAAAAUCCAGAAACAAAAUAUGGGGGUAAUUAUACUUAGAUAUUAGCGUUCCCACGUCUGGAAGUUGUCUUUCCAUUAUUCCCUUUGAGGUUUUGUGGGGUUCGGUGUGCGGGUUAAAUAGUCACAAUGGAACGUUGGACCGGAGCGCAACGCGCUUUUGCUAUCGAGGCUUACUUUAAGAGUGGCGAUUCAUAUCGGAAAUUUUGUACAUUCGCCGACCAAGAGUUGCGCCAAGUAAAAGCCUAUUGAAAAAGUGGAUGAAAAAGGCUCUACUCUUUGUCAACUCAUCCCAGGCAAACACAUGUUGUAUCAACCGAAGAAAAUGUGCAUCGAGUAAGUGAUUCGCUCAUUGCAAAUCUUCGGCGUUCUGUACGGAAGCUUUCCGCUGCUUUGGGAAUCCGUGGGUUUUCAUCCAAAUAAAAUCCAAUCAAUCCAUGCUUUGAAGGAAAGUGAUUACGUAUUACGGAAAUCUUGUGCUGAACGGAUAUGAAUAUUUUUCCUACGCAGCGCAGAUGAAAUAAUCUUGUUUUCAGUGACGAGGACCAUUUUCACUUAACCCAAAAGAGAAACAUCAACAGCUACAUAGUCUAAAGGUCACUGUUUGGUGCGCCAUAUCCUCUAGCGGUAUUAUUGGCCCGUAUUUCUUUGAAGAUGAAAACGGUCAUGCAUUGACAGUCAAUUCCGAGCGAUACACUGACAUGAUUCACACUUUUUUCCUCCUAUUGUAAGAACAGAACGUCGAUUUAACAGAAACACGCGGUUUCAACAGGAUGGGAUCACUGCGCAUAAGUUAUGGAAUCCUGAUGAUUACCAUUUCAACGGUACGGCUUACACGGUCCCGAUGCCCUUUUGAUUAACGUCGUCCAUCCGGUUUCUAGUUACAGCUUUAGGUGUUAUCUUCGUGAGAACAUUACCGACUUUGCAUUUUGCUAUGUUUUAUUUCUUAUAAACUGAAUAUGAAAUGUAAUUAGCGUUGUUGUCAUCCUGUUUUCAACGAAUAAAGUUCCUGCAAUAGUUUCGAACCGAAA